AUGGUUAAUUUUUUCGAAUGUUUAUUGGCUGAAAUUUAAGAAAUAGAAUUAAUUUAUAGUAGAAUCAUAGUUAUGUUUCGAAUUAUGGUCUGUUAGAUAUUGAAUAUUUUUAUUGGAUUUUAACUAUUAGAUAUUCUAAAAUUCUAUAAAUUUCAGAGUAGAAUAAUAUCAAUUACUAUUUUAUAUUUGUAUAUAUAAAAUUAUGCUUCUUUAAUCAAUUAUUCAUAUUUUAAGAUUUUUUUCAAUUCUGGCAAUUUAAGGAUAUCAGAUUUAAAUUACAUACAAAGUGAUGUCUCCUUAAUAUAUUUCUUGGAUUUAUAGAUUUGUAAUCCCUAGAUCAUUAAUUAUUGGAUUAUGUUAGAAUUAACUUUAUUUUUCCUUCCGUACAUAAACAAAGAUUAGCAUAACAAAAUAAAUUUUAAAAGAAAUAGAGGAUAUUUAUUUAAUGAAUAUACUCAAAAGAACUAUUUUUGGUCAAGAUAUGAAAGAAAACAAUCGUUAUAAUCAUUCUAAUAUAUUUUGAAACUGAUAUAUUUUUGA